AUGAACAAAUUCUCGGUGGACUAUUCGUCCAGCAUCAAUUCUACGCCGGGCAGAACACCCGCUACUCGAGGGACGAAUUUUUUGUCCUCCAACCCUCCUCAACUGGCUAGCACCACUCCCAUUGCGCCUCCGCCCUCUCAGAUCUUCGGCAGCUCUACGUUUGGCACUGGCGUCAGCAAACUCCAGCUCUCCAAACCUGCACGAUCUCCUCCUCAGCAAUCCUCCAGCUUGAAGAACCCUCCACAACCGAAGAAUGGCGCUCAACAAGUUUUCUCAAGAGCCAGGGUCGCGAAUGAUUACAACGGGGGAGAAGAUGAGGACCAAGACAUGGAUGAAGACGAUUAUCAGGAGGACUCGAGCCAGUUUCAACAGAGCCGUGGCUUUCGAUCCGUCGAUCAACGACAACCGGUUUCACUGAUGAAAUUCAGUACUAUGAGCACGAGAGACUCCAGGGUAUCUGCGCCGCGUAAAUCUUUCCGCAACUCAACGAGGAUCUCUGCGCUCCCUCACAAAGGGAACGACACAGUUGUACUCAAUCUCGCUAGGGACAUGGGAACCAGGGCGCGACCAGCCUCUGUCACGGAACCAGAUGAGGUGAUCCUCGAAACAGAACAAAUCCUUCGGGAACUAGACGAACAAUCUCAGUACCUCAAAGACCGUGAAAAUAUACACCAAGCUAUCGCAGAAUAUGUUUACAGUCUGAUCAAGGAAUGGCAACGGUUUGCUGAGCCAGAUCGGCCUUCGCUGGAUAGCAACGACAUCGGUCCACAACCCACCGCUCCCCAUUUUACGAAGGCCAACUAUCUCGCUUCACUCCUCCUCGUCCUUCGCCAUCCCCCACCCUCGCCAGAUAAGGUGGCCAUUCCGACUCCUCGAGUCCUGCUCGAUUGGCUCGACAACUAUCAUGUCUCUUACGAUCAAAUGCACAGAGCAGUUGCCUCUGCUCGACCUAACUGCACUUCACAUGAGCUCUUCUGGGACGCUGUUCAGAGUUUGACGCUGCGAGGUAAAUUGCAACAAGUCAUGCAGCUUUUCGCGGAUGCCGACUUCAAGUAUGCGGCUUCCGCCAUGGAUGACGGUGCAGACGGUGCCGGGUACAAGGGUGCUCAACUUCAGACAGUGCAAAGCGUCAUCUACCGAGCUCGGGUUCUGCUCAACUCCUGCCCAGCGAUUCAGUCGGGUGACUGGAAUGUUGCCGGUCCAGAGUGGGAUGUCUUUCGCACCGCUGUUGAAGCUGCACUGGACAAUUUGUCUGACGAGGUCAGUGGUCGGGAUGAAGACGAGUCUCCCUUCGAGGCUGAGAACUUUGGCUUGCGCAAGCCCGAGACGGGUCUUCUGGGACAGGUGGGCCAAAAAUCAUCAUCCAACCUUCCAUGGACCGUCUUUCAGAACCUGAAGAUUCUCUACAGCAUACUUCUCGGCAGUGCUGAAGAGAUUGCAGCCCAAUCACAAGACUGGCUCGAGGCCGCUACCUCACUGACCAUAUGGUGGGAUGGCACCGCAGAUACUGCAGCAGUAGCGCAGUGGAGUUUCGACGUUAGUCGGGCUAAUAACCUGACCAAACAGGACGAAGACCUCAAUCCUUACCUAGCACGUUUAAGGGACGCCUUCCUCUGUGUUACCGAUCCCAAUGACAAAAAUUCCUUCCAGAUCAAUGCAAUGUCCCCAGUCGAGGUAGGCUUGGGCUGCAUUUUGCAAGGAAGUAGUCAAGGGGCCUUGACGAUUCUGCGCACCUUGUCUCAGUGCAUUGCUUCAUCUGUGGCGGAAGUUGGAGCCAAAGCUGGCUGGUUGGAAGAAGAACCACAGGCUACACCAACAGGUCUGAGUGAAGAUGAUCUCAUGGUCCUCAGCUAUGGCGCUCCCAAGCAAGGGAUUUCCAAAGAUGACUUAUUGUUGUCAUAUGCCGAACGGCUUUUCGAGAAAACAGCCCUCCAUCUUCCGGACGGCUCUUCAGUAGAAGGCUGGGAAGUUUCGAUAUCCAUUGUUACGCGCCUGGACGACCGCGAGGCGAUGCACGCCGCCGUGAGCAAUUUUGUCGAGCAACUACAAGUCACUACUCAAGAUCGUACCGAGAAACUCACGAAUCUCUGCUCCGAUCUAGGAUUGCAGGAUGAAGCGAGGAAGGUUUCUGAUAGAUUCGGCGACUAUCUCGUGGACAAUACUGAGGAGUAUGGUACUGCCUUGCUAUGCUAUGCGAGAAGUCACGCGAGCCAUAAGAUCCGGCAGUUGAUAGAUGUGCUGGUCAGUUAUUCGCUGGUACAGUCAAGGGCGUAUCCCCCGGAGAAGGAAAUGGACGAUGGACUACGGAGCCUAGUGGGAAAUCCCAAGACGGCGCUUGUCGAUAUUGCAGAGGUCGACCCUGAGGCGGCUGAGAUGCUGCAAUUCUACCUGGUGGGUUACGCUUGUCUACGGCGAUUUUAUAAUCUACGCGACGAUAAAUCUGGCGAUGGGAGGACGACAAAUUCGCGCCCUCUCGCGCGAAGGAGAGCGGCCGCGAGAGCGCUUGUGGCGGCGAUCAAUUCCGCAGCAGAUUCCAUUUAUGGCGGACUAUAUGAUCCAGAGCGACAGAGUGCGAUUCAAGUCGACGGAUUACUGACGCUCUUGGGUGAAGCCACCGCCCUUCUCUCCCAAAGCCAAGACAUCAUCGCAACCAGCUACCCGGCGAAGACAGGACACAGUGUGGAAAAGAAAAGAAUAUUUACGACUGAACAAAUCUAUGCGUUGCUAGCGGCAAUCGAGGAUCUUUCCACUGUCUCUGAGCGCGUCUACGGCGCGACCGAGGAGUGUCUGGCCGCUGCAAUCAGAGAAUAUCACGGAUCACGGCCGCCAAGUCCAAGAGCGGUGCUGAAAAAGUCCAUGAGCAACGGAAGUGGGAGUGGUUUCUCUUACUCGCUUAUGGGCAGUGAGAUGCUGGGUAGGAGCAUGACCACUGACAUGACGAGCGCGAGUGGUAGUGAAGUUUUAGUCCGAGGGCCAAAGGGCCAAAAGGCGAAGGGCAAAGAGGCUGACGUUCCAAAGGAGAGGGGAUGGGACUGGAGGGACCAGUUUUCCGGGGAGGAUGUACGUGGACAGGAUAUUGUCAAGGCCCUACGAACGGGGCUGGCAGAGGAGUUGAGCCAUGCCGAGCUUGACGAAGGCGUUUCGCUAUAA